AUGGAAAGAUGGUGGUUUAAUUCGACGGUGUUUACCAAGGAGUUCGAACACAGGUACGGGAUAAAGAAAUCAACGGACAAUCUUGGUCCUAUUGAAAAUACUAGUGAAAGUGAAGAUUCGAAUCAAAAAGGUGGGGCUAAAAACAUUCAUAGUUUGGGGGGUCGUGACAAUUCUAGUUACAGUGAUGUCGAUCAUUUAUUUUUGGUCAAAGACAUUCGGAAUUUCAUCUCUGAUGAUACUUUUUUAGUUAGGGAUAGUACUGGAGACAAUUAUUCGAUCCAUUUUGAUAUUGAAAAUCAGAUUUUUAAGAUUGACAACGAUCAUUCUUUUCUGAGUGAACUUGAAAGUUCUUUUUCGAGUUAUCGAAAUUCUAGUUAUAGGAAUAAUGGAUCUACGAGUGAAGAUUCCUUAUACAAUUGCUCGAUGUAUGAUACUCAAUCUAGUUGGAAUAAUCACAUUACUAGUUGCAUUGACGAUUAUCUUCAGUAUCAAAUCUGUAUUGAUAUGUCCAUUGUAAGUGAUAGUAGUGACAGUUACAUUUCUAGGCGCGUUUUUGAUAAACGUAGAACUAAUAGUGAAAGGGGGGGAUCCAGUAUACGAACCCACGAGAAGAGCAGUGAUUUAACUCUAGGAGAAAAGUCUAAUGAUCUCGAUGCAAUUCAAAACUACAAGCAUUUGUGGGUUCAAUGCGAAAAUUGUUAUGGAUUAAAUUAUAAGAGAUUUUUGAAAUCAAAAAUGAAUAUUUGUGAACAAUGUAGAUAUCAUUUGAAAAUGAGUAGUUCAGAAAGAAUCGAAGUCUCGAUCGACCCCGGUACUUGGGAUCCUAUGGAUGAAGACAUGGUCUCUCUGGAUCCGAUUGGAUUUCAUUCGGAGGAGGAGACUUAUAAAGAUCGUAUUGAUUCUUAUCAACGAAAGACAGGAUUAACUGAGGCUGUUCAAACAGGCAUAGGGCAACUAAAUGGUGUUCCCGUAGCACUUGGGGUUAUGGAUUUUCAGUUUAUGGGGGGUAGUAUGGGAUCCGUAGUCGGGGAGAAAAUCACUCGUUUGAUUGAGUACGCUACCAAUCGAUUUCUACCUCUUAUUAUAGUGUGCGCUUCGGGGGGGGCACGCAUGCAAGAAGGAAGUUUGAGCUUGAUGCAAAUGGCUAAAAUAUCGUCUGCCUUAUAUGAUUAUCAAUCAAAUACAAAGUUAUUUUAUGUCUCAAUCCUUACAUCUCCUACUACUGGUGGGGUAACAGCUAGUUUUGGGAUGUUGGGAGAUAUCAUUAUUGCCGAACCCAACUCCUACAUUGCAUUUGCGGGUAAAAGAGUAAUUGAACAAACAUUGAAUAAAACAGUCCCCGAGGGUUUACAAGUCUCUGAAUAUUUAUUCCAGAAGGGCUUAUUCGACCUAAUCGUACCACGUAAUCUUUUAAAAAGCGUUCUGAGUGAGUUAUUUAAACUACACGCCUUCUUUCCUUUGAAUUGA